AUGAGAUGGACGCCACAAUUACUAAUAAGUGUUUUAAUUGGUUAUGUUCAAGCAAGACUAGAAAUCAGUGAGCUGAGGUUUAAAGAUAUAUUAAGCUCUCACUACAUUUUCAAACCCCUGGAAGUCCCUUGCAACGAAAGUCUCUGCACUGGACCUCUCUCAGAAAUCUAUUGCCAUGGCCCAAUUUUAACAAAUUCCUGGCAGUUUGGACUACAGAAAACAUGUCCUGGAGACAAACUCAAGGUUACUGCAAAAGAGGUUCUCGCUAAUUUUAACAAGUUGCCGUGGCCUUUGAAGAAGGAAGUAUUUCAGCAAUUUUGCGAGGAACAUUUCGAGCAAGUAAACUAUUUGGAAGUUGUAAAUCUUACAGAUUAUGAAGUUCAGCCUAAGUUUCUGAAUGAAAUUGGGAAUUUGAGCCACAGAAAACUUGCUGCAGAAAUGCACGAGAGAUGGGAACGACUUGCACGCCAAUUCACUUCCGAUGUGCAACACCAUCCAGAUUUAUAUCCUCUUAUUCCCGUGCAAAACCCGUUCAUUGUGCCAGGCGGCCGAUUUGACGUAUAUUUCUACUGGGAUACUUUUUGGAUCAUCAAAGGUCUACUCGUCUCAAGAAUGUUCGAAACGACUAAAGGGAUCAUCAAUAAUUUUUCAAAUCUAGUGGUCACACUGGGCUAUAUCCCAAAUUCUGGAAACUUGCAGUUGUCUAGAAGGUCUCAACCACCACUCUUCCCACAUAUGAUAUGGGAGUACACUAAAGCUACGGGUAACUAUGAAAAACAAUGGAUAGAUAGUAUGGAUAUGGAAAUGAAGUUUUGGGAGAAUAAUCGAACGAUUGCGAUAGGAACUCACAAGUUAUUCCUUUACAAGACACUCACAAAUUGUCCGCGACCUGAAAACUUCCUAGGAGAUUUCAAUAUUGGAAAAGCUGCCAAAACUCCAUCAGACGUUUGGCGGUCUAUAUCAUCAGCAUGUGAGAGUGGAUGGGAUUUCAGUUCUAGAUGGAUGCACAAUAACGAUACAGAUCUAUCAAGUAUUCACACCGAUCUAAUUAUUCCUGUCGAUUUGAAUGUUUUCAUCGCAAACAACUAUCGGUACAUGGCAUACUAUGCAAAUCAUUUUGGAAGAUUUGAUAAGUCUGCAAGCUAUCGGCAAAAGUAUGAGAAACUACGCUAUGCAAUUCAGGAAGUAUUGUGGGAUAAUAAUUUAGGCGCUUGGUUUGACUACGAUAUUUCAAUACAGAAACGAAAUUUGAACUUCUACCCAUCAAAUGUGUAUCCAUUAAUGCUGGAAGGGAUGGAUAAGUUUGCCGAUCGUGUUGAAGAUUAUAUGAAAAAAUCGGGAGCAUUGGAGUUUGUGGGCGGUAUUCCAUCUUCGUUACCUGCUCAGUCCACGCAACAGUGGGAUUUUCCAAAUGUUUGGGCUCCAAAUCAACAUUUUGUAAUUCAAAGCUUUAUGGCUUGCAAUAACAGUUUCCUGCAGCAAGAAGCUAAAAAACAAGCUAUGGAAUUUAUUGAAACUGUGUAUAACGGAAUGUACAACCCAAUAGCAGGACUAGAUGGAGGAGUAUGGGAAAAGUACGACGCGAGGAGCACGAAUGGGGCUCCAGGAGCUGGAGGAGAGUACGUGGUUCAAGAAGGAUUUGGUUGGACAAAUGGAGCCGUUAUGGACCUCAUUUGGACACUUAGAGACUCUCACAAAAAACAGAUUAGAUCUGAAAAUUUGAAGCUUGAUCAAGGCCAACACUUUGCAUUGGUGUUAACAGCUUUUAUAUUUUGUAUUGCCAUAGCUUUUAUUGUGAUUAUCAAAGGAAUUAUCAAAGGAAACACUUUAAAUCAACGGGAUGAUGAAGAAGCCGGUGCCCGUCUACUCGCGGAAGAAAACGACGAGGACGACCAAGAAGAGCUGUGAUAUUAUUUUUAAAUUGCCGAUUAAUAGUAUUUAUUUGUAUAAAACUGGUUUAAUGAAAUGUGAAUAAUUAAA